AUGGAAGAACUUGGAACGAAUAAAAAUACAUCAUCUUUGUUUGCAGACUGGUCUCAGCUCCCUGAAGAGCUACUGCACCUUAUCUCGACGCAUCUAGAUGAUUACUGUUUCGAUGUUGUUCAUGCUCGCUCUGUCUGCAGCUCAUGGCGAUCAGCAUUUCCAUUUCCUCCUUCCCUAUUACGAACAUGUUACACUCUUCCAUCAUUCCCUGAAGAAAGCAAAGACUUGUGCACCCUGGAGAAGGUCCCUUGGUUCCUCUUUAGAGUCCGAGCUCCUGAUCCCGAUGCUGCUGAGUAUUUUCUAGGUGUAAUAGCCCGAGAUGAGUCAGGGGAUCAGAUGGAGCUUCUUCCAUCUCCAACCCUUCAGUGCUCAGUGAAAGUGUAUAACUCAGGAUCUUAUCCCACCUUGAUGAACAUGCUAGACUGCCAGAUCAUCCCUCUGGGCCAUUACUACAGAAUUAUGGGUAGAGACAAUCAUGUGGAUUGUCUUCCGCUAGACAAGGAAGGAGGAUUCGUUGUGCUUUGUCGUAACCAAAACGAUAUCAUGGUGUUAACAAGUGUCGAAAUGAGGUGGAAGCAGCUUAACGACCUCUCAAAUUGUUUUUCCGCGGAUGUAGUUACUUUUAAAAGUAGGUUUUAUAAAAUAAUUGUCGCUAUUGAUCCUUAUUCGCUGAAGGAGACUCUCAUAAUGCCCUCACCUCAGGGGGGACCAAUGUACUAUCUAGUUCCAUAUGGCAAUGAUGAACUCUUCUUGGUUGAGGUCUUUUACCAAACUCCUCGUGUAUUUGAUUCGAGUGAAUUUACAUGUAGAGUGAGUAGGCUAGAUGACAAGACUGGUACAUGGGUUGUAGUUAAGGAUUUGGGGAACCGUGUACUGUUUAUUGGACUUACAGGAAACAUGUCUUGCUCGGCUAAGGACCUUCCUCAUGGGUGUGGUGUUAGUGGGAACUCGAUUCUUUUCACCAAUUUGUCAGACUAUGUAAUUUUCCCUUUUAAAUAUGGAGUAAACACAGGAAAUAUGGAAGACGAUCUCAAUUGUUGGAGACGCGUAUGGGAGAAUCGCUUGGUGAAGCUCAAAUCAUCCUUUCAAGCUUUCCGGGUUGAGCGAUAG